ACGGACAGACACCCGAACCUGCUCUCCUCACAAGCCCCCCCACGUCACAGGUUGCCAUGGCCAAGCCCCGCCGCCGCUUCUCCCCAUGCCUCACCGGCGUCACCGCGACCUUCCUCUUCGCCGUCCUCUACGCGCCACUCAUCGCCGCCGAAGACGAACCGCCUCCGUGGCCAACCUGCGGCCCCUAUCCCCCCAGCGGCAACUACACAGCCAACAGCACCUACCAAUCCAACAUCAACCGCCUCGCCGCCACCCUCCCCAGGAACGCCUCCUCAUCCCCGGAGCUCUACGCCACCGGCAGCGUCGGAGACGUGCCGGACGCCGUCUACGGCCAGGCCCUCUGCCGCGGCGACGUCGCCAACGCCUCCGCCUGCGAGAGCUGCGUGGCCGCCGCCUUCCGCGGCGCGACGCGCGCGUGCCCGCUCUACAAGGACGUGAUGAUCUUCUACGACCUCUGCCAGCUCCGCUUCUCCAACCGGGAUUUCCUCCUCGACGACGACUACUACGUCACCACGUACACGCUCCAGCGCUCCCGCCGCGUCGCGGGCGGAGCCGCGCCGGCGUUCGACGCCGCCGUAGGGCUGCUCGUCAACGCCACGGCCGGCUACGCGGCGGCGGGGGACUCUUCGUCUUCCUCCAGGCGGUUCGGCACGGGGACAGAGGGCUUCGACGACAGGAGCAACCCAAAGAUCUAUGCGCUGUCGCAGUGCGCGCCGGACACGACGGUGGAGGUCUGCCGGACCUGCCUUGGCACCAUAACUGCGGAGCUGCCCAAAUUGUUCAGCGGGAGGACUGGCGGGGGGAUUUUCGGGGUGUGGUGCAACUUCCGGUACGAGGUGUUCCCUUUCUUCUCCGGCCGCCCGCUGCUGCAGCUUCCGCAGUUUGUCGGCACGCCGCCCGCUCCUGCGCCACCGGCGACCACCGGAGGAGGAGAGAAAACGAGAAAUAGUGCAGGUAUAGUUCUAGCUAUUGUAAUGGCUACAAUUGCUGUCAUAUUGGUCAUUGUCAUGGUAUACUUUUUCUGCUGGAGGAGAAGACCAAAAGCAAAUGCGUUUCUGCCUUAUUCAGCUACCUCAGAUGAUCGAAACAUCGACUCGCUUCUUCUCGAUCUAGCGAUACUAAGAGGUGCCACAGAUGACUUUGACGAAUGUAGAAUGCUUGGUAAAGGAGGGUUUGGUAUGGUUUAUAAGGGCGACCUACCUGAUGGUCAAGAAAUAGCCGUCAAAAGACUCUGUCAGAGUUCCAGACAAGGAAUAGGAGAGCUGAAGAGUGAGCUGGUUCUAGUUGCCAAGCUUCACCACAAGAAUCUUGUGAGACUUCUUGGUGUUUGCUUGGAAGAACAUGAGAAAAUACUUGUGUAUGAAUAUAUGCCAAAUAGAAGCCUUGAUACCAUUCUAUUUGAUUCUGAGAAAAACAAAGAGCUAGAUUGGGGAAAGAGGUUCAAGGUUAUCAAUGGAAUAGCUCGAGGCUUACAAUACCUUCACGAAGAUUCACAAUUGAAGAUAGUUCACCGAGACCUCAAAGCGAGCAAUAUACUACUGGAUUCUGAUUACAAUCCUAAAAUAUCUGACUUCGGCCUAGCGAAGAUAUUUGGAGGGGAUCAAUCAGAAGAUGUCACUCGUCGUAUUGCCGGCACAUACGGAUAUAUGGCCCCAGAAUACGCCAUGGGAGGUCAUUAUUCCAUCAAGUCGGACGUUUUCAGCUUUGGUGUUUUGGUCUUAGAGAUUGUCACAGGGAGAAGAAACAGUGGUUCAGAUAAGACCGAGCAAGACGUGGAUCUCUUGAAUAAUGUAUGGGAGCACUGGACCCGGGGCAAUGUCAUCGAGUUGAUCGAUCCAUCUUUGGGCAACCAUCCUCCCAUCGACCAGAUGCUCAAGUGCAUUCACGUCGGACUCCUGUGCGUGCAGAGAAAACCCGGGAGCAGGCCGGCUAUGUCGUCGGUGAACAUCAUGUUCAGCAGCCACACUGUUCGUCUGCCUUCUUUGUCGAGGCCAGCGUUCUGCAUCCAGGAGGUCAGUACCAGUGAGAGCUCCAACGCGUAUUCGGACGCCUAUCCAUACACUGAAAACUCAACGGUUAUGUCUUCGAACCAAGUAUCGAUCACAGAACUUUUGCCAAGAUGAGUCCUGAAUCUUUGGAAGCAAUUUGCUGAACGGAGCCAUCUCUGUGCGGUAUUGACUUCUGGAAAUGAUCUUGAUAGAGGAACAGGCCCUGCUGUAUCGAUUUUAAUCGGAUCUUGCACUGUGGCUCUGGGUGUAAGUGGAUUUGUUGAUCUGCUAUCUAUGCUUGGGGACUGCAAGUAGUAGUAGUGGCUAGCAGUAAGUAGAUUAUCAAGUGGUGCUUCCUGGCUUAGUAGCCUCAAGGUCAAGAUGACCUCUUGAUCCAAAGUGUCAUAGAUUCGGGGAUGGUGCCAAGGCAGCCUGCUUUAGUGGCUUGUCUCGGUCUCCUUUGUGCCUUAUUUGGCUCUUUGUAUCCUACAGUUUUCUGUAAAAAGAGUAGAUUAUCAACAAUGUGAAAUUAAAUAUUCCAGAUUCACUGAUGGACGGAUGAUACUUUUUCUAAGUU